ACAACUACCACCCAUCCAUCAAACUCUCUCAAGAGCAUUCCUACACCAGCAUAAACUUCCUGGACAUCAUGGUAAGCUUCAACAAUGAUAGCCUACAGACAACUAUUUUCAAGAAACUAUCACCACAUCUACCAUCACCACCUCACACACACCAAGAAACCUGUUCUCUACAGCCAGGUCUAUGCAAUAUUAGUUAGUCACCCACCUGCUCCAAAUGAUCACCUAACACCAACACCUGUAUCAUACACAGCUGGCUUCUACAGGAUUCCUGUCAUUGGUCUGACAACACGCUUGUCUAUAUAUUCUGAUAAGAGCAUCCACCUGUCCUUCCUGCGCACUGUCCCACCGUACUCUCACCAGUCCAAUGUCUGGUUUGAGAUGAUGCGAGUGUACAACUGGAAUCACAUCAUACUCAUAGUCAGUGAUGACCAUGAGGGUCGCGCUGCACAGAAGAAACUGGAGACACUGCUGGAAGAGAGAGAAUCCAAGAGUAAAAAAAGGAACUAUGAAAACCUCGACCAACUUUCCUAUGACAACAAGCGAGGACCCAAGGCUGAGAAAGUUCUUCAGUUUGACCCGGGAACCAAAAAUGUGACUUCACUACUGCUUGAAGCGAAGGAGCUGGAGGCUCGGGUUAUCAUCCUCUCUGCAAGUGAGGAUGACGCCGCCACAGUGUACAGAUCGGCAGCUGUGCUCAAUAUGACGGGCUCAGGAUACGUGUGGCUGGUGGGGGAGAGAGAGAUAUCUGGCAAUGCCCUGCGAUACGCCCCUGACGGGGUGAUUGGUUUGCAGCUCAUUAACGGGAAGAACGAGUCAGCUCACAUCAGCGAUGCUGUCGCAGUGGUAGCUCAGGCAGUGCAUGACUUAUUCGAGAAGGAGAAUAUCACAGACCCCCCAAGAGGCUGCGUUGGGAACACCAACAUCUGGAAGACUGGCCCUCUUUUCAAGAGAGUGUUGAUGUCGUGCAAGUACACUGAGGGUGUGACCGGGAGAGUGGAGUUCAAUGAAGAUGGGGACAGGAAAUUCGCCAAUUACAGCAUCAUGAACCUGCAGAACCGGAAACUGGUUCAAGUUGGGGUAUACAAUGGCAGCCAUGUCCUUCCCAAUGACCGGAAGAUCAUCUGGCCUGGGGGAGAGACAGAGAAACCUGCGGGCUAUCAGAUGUCAACCAAAUUGAAGAUUGUGACAAUUCACCAAGAGCCUUUUGUGUACGUGAAAGCAACACAAGCUGAUGGAACAUGUAAGGAAGAAAUUACCAUCAAUGGAGACCCCGUGAAAAAGGUCUUUUGCACUGGACCCAAUGAGACCAUCCCAGGCCGCCCCACUGUGGCACUGUGCUGCUAUGGCUUCUGCAUUGACCUGCUGAUCAGACUUGCAGGGGUGAUGAAUUUCACCUACGAAGUUCACCUGGUUGCUGAUGGUAAAUUUGGCACACAGGAGCGGGUCAAUAACAGCAAUAAGAAGGAGUGGAACGGGAUGAUGGGGGAGCUCCUGAGUGGCCAGGCAGACAUGAUCGUGGCGCCCCUCACCAUCAACAAUGAGCGUGCGCAGUACAUCGAAUUCUCCAAGCCCUUCAAGUACCAGGGGCUUACCAUCCUGGUGAAGAAGGAAAUCCCCCGCAGCACCCUCGAUUCAUUCAUGCAGCCUUUCCAGAGCACACUGUGGCUGCUGGUGGGACUCUCAGUGCAUGUGGUGGCCGUGAUGUUAUAUCUCUUAGACCGGUUCAGCCCCUUUGGCCGGUUCAAAGUUAACAGUGAGGAAGAGGAGGAAGAUGCACUGACCCUCUCCUCGGCCAUGUGGUUCUCUUGGGGAGUGCUGCUGAACUCUGGGAUCGGAGAAGGUGCUCCCCGGAGUUUCUCUGCUCGUAUCCUUGGCAUGGUGUGGGCUGGCUUUGCUAUGAUCAUUGUGGCUUCCUACACUGCCAACCUGGCUGCCUUCCUGGUGUUAGACAGACCUGAAGAGAGAAUCACAGGCAUUAACGACCCUAGGCUGCGGAACCCCUCCGAUAAAUUCAUCUACGCCACGGUGAAGCAGAGCUCGGUGGACAUUUACUUCCGGCGGCAGGUGGAGCUGAGCACCAUGUACCGGCACAUGGAGAAGCACAACUACGAGAGCGCUGCCGAAGCCAUCCAGGCCGUCAGGGACAGCAAGCUCCAUGCCUUCAUCUGGGACUCGGCAGUGCUGGAGUUUGAAGCCUCCCAGAAGUGUGACCUGGUGACAACAGGGGAGCUUUUCUUCCGCUCUGGCUUUGGGAUUGGGAUGCGCAAAGACAGCCCCUGGAAGCAGAAUGUCUCCCUGGCCAUCCUCAAAUCCCACGAAAACGGCUUCAUGGAGGAUUUGGACAAGACUUGGGUGAGGUAUCAGGAGUGUGAUUCCCGUAGCAAUGCUCCAGCAACACUCACCUUUGAAAAUAUGGCAGGUGUAUUUAUGCUGGUGGCUGGAGGUAUUGUUGCCGGGAUAUUUUUAAUAUUCAUAGAAAUAGCUUACAAAAGGCAUAAGGAUGCGCGGAGGAAGCAGAUGCAGCUGGCGUUUGCGGCCGUUAAUGUGUGGCGGAAAAACCUGCAGUCCUCUCUCUCUCUUGUGGCGCUAGGAUUCAGCUUCAGAAAAGGCCCAGAGCAUUUUUUUUUAGUGGAUAGAAAAAGUGGUAGAGCAGAACCUGACCCUAAAAAGAAAGCCACUUUUAGGUCCAUCACCUCCACCCUGGCCUCCAGCUUCAAGAGACGUAGGUCCUCCAAAGAUACGCAGUAUCAUCCCACUGACAUCACCGGGCAGCUCAACCUCUCCGACCCCUCAGUCAGCACUGUGGUGUGACGUCCUCCAGCAGGAGCCAUCAGUCCCUAGUUUAAGACGGCCCAGCCCAGGACUUCCUUUCAAAGGGACACUGAUGGGUCCUUACUGGUGAGUCAAGAGGGAUGCAUCCUUCAUCCAUACGCAGUGACUUCAUUGUCUCUCUUCUGCCCUUCCUGGUCCCGCUGACACAUAAUGCCCCAGAUUGCACUACAGAACUAGGGACCAUUCUGGAGCUGCACUGUACAGAGAUGAUCACUUCCGUGUCAUGCUAUGUUUUAGUCAGUAUUGCCACUGGCUGCAGAUGAGUUGGAAUUAAGGCAAGAGGAGACGGCUCUGAACAGCCCACGGCACCUGGCCGUCUCACAGAGCAGCAGCAGGAAACGCAGGGAAGGAGUGGAUGUUGCAUCCUUUGCAGGAGGUGGAGGACAAUUUGCUGAGAUCUUGUUUGUUCCUAAGCGCGUGUAUGGACUAUCAUAGCCUCUGCCACAUACUUCACAUGCCACAGGAGGACUGUGACAUGGUCUGGUAGCACUGGAGCUGCUGGUUCCUGUCCAUAACUCAGCACACAAGGCACACGUCUGCCUCUGUUCUGGUGUCGUCAUUUCAUGGAGCAGGUGCAGCCACACAGUCCGUUGAUGAAACAUGUUCCCUCUGGCUACAGUUGGGAAGAGCCUUUUCUCCAGCUCUCUCCAUUUCCAGAUGAUGAUAAAGUCCACAGCUCCCUAUUCAUCCACCCCUCCUGUCUGCACCAAGCCAGCCCCUCCCCUGCAUCCACAUUAGCCAUCUGUUUCUACAUGGCCAUUUGCUAUAUGAGUAACACUGGCACCACCUCCCUCAGCUCCCCACUGCUGGCACCACUCCACCCUGCUGUGACAGAGGUGGCUCGGAGAACCAUUGCUGGCUGCUUGGUGAGGUCCUGUCAGUGUGUUUUGAGCUCCCCUUGAAGCCGUCUGCACACAAGACAUUUGUAUGGGCCAGAUCACACUGAGCACCGCUGCAGAUGGAUGUCCAGACCAGCAGCGCCAUAUUUAGUAAUAAGGCAAAGCAGCGUUGGUACCAGGCACUGGCGCACACUGAGAUCACUGCUCUGGAUAGUUUGGUCCAUCCCUUGUCUUUGCCAUCCACCUUGCUGCCCCAGCAUCUCCAUAGCUCACGCCGCAGCAAUGUAUUUCAUAGCAAACGGCCAAAGGCUUUCUGCCCCGUCCCCUCACAGGGGCUAGACUGACGUUCCUGCUGAAUGCCCUCAAGUGCUUCUAGUGUCACAGUGUGGCCUCCCAGCACCACUGAUGAGGGCUGUUGUGAGCAGUGUGCCCUGGGCAUGAAUACGGUGCUACACACACACUGGCAGGAUCCUUACCCACUGGACCUGCACUCAACAUUGAACUGGAAAAGUGAGCUCACUAGUGCCACCACCAGGCCUCCUCUGAACACGCCACAAGAGCUCGCAGUCAGCCUGGCACCACUGGCAUCUCUACAGUCAGCGCCUAGGCACAGCCCACCCAUCAUGGUGACCGAGUCACCACCACACAUUCAACGGACGAGCCGCAGAAGAGGGGGCACUCGGAGGGACACUUGCCCAUUCCCAAGGUUCUUGUCCAUGCUCUGCCCGAUUCAUCCCGCCUCGUACAUCUCCAGCCGCUGUUGUCUCCUGUCAGGCAGCGGGGAAUGAACGUGGCCAGCAGUGCUGGCCUGUAACCCCACUGCACUGUCUAGUCAAUUCUCUAGCAACUGCACAGCAGGCAGGCACUACCCCGUGUACAGUGUGUCGUGUGUGUGCAAAGCUGUUGGUAUAUUUAACUCUUGCAUGUGGAAUGUAGAUACAUUUUUUAAAAGCAAACCUGUCUGCAGUGUGACACUCCAACGCAGCCCCACCUGGGUGCGCUGGCCGGUCUGUGCCAGGGUGUGCCGUAGCAGCAGCUACCUUCCCCUCCAAUACUUUAACCCCAGGGCUGGUGGCCACUGCAGAAGGAAUUGGACUGUACAGUAUUUCCAGACUCAGUGGGUCAGAUCCUCAGCUGGCAUAAAUCAGCGUACCUCCGUUGACUGCAGUGGCACUAUUGAUUCCAGUCAGGCGAGGCCAGUUUACACCAGCUGAGAAUUUGGCCCACACUAUGUAUACUUCGGUGUCAUGUAACUUAAAACACCCCUUUGCCAGAGCUGGGUAAAGUCCAAACUGGACCAUAAAGAGGUUUAUUCCACUGC